AUGGACCUUUCUGUACGCGCCCAAAGACAAAGGGCGUUCGCCCCCAAAGCACGCACGGGAUGUCUUACAUGUAAAAAAAGACAUAAGAAAUGCGACGAGGAAAAGCCAACAUGCCUGCGUUGCAAGGCAGGUGGCUACGUCUGUGAUGGCUACGAGAUUAAGAAAGCAGCGUCGUCUACGAAGUCGCGUACUGGCUCUCUCCCACUGCUAGCAACAAAGCGCCCUCUAGCGAUCAGCACUCCCAGAAGACCCCUCAUCCAAGGCAAUGCGAUGGAGUCCAAUUACUACACUUAUUUCUUCUCCAACAUUAUUGGCCACCUCGAAAUUUCCCCUUCACUAAACAGGGAUUUUUGGAACAAGACACUUCUAGCGCCUAGUCAAAGUAGUGUCUGUAUUAGGCACGCGGUCUUAGCACUUGGAGCGACAUAUUAUCAAUACGCUGCUGGAACCGCACAAUCCUCAACAGUAUCCCUUGAUCGCUUCAUCUUGUGGCACUACAAUGAGUCCAUAUCCAAGCUCGCAUAUAGUCAUGAUACAUCACCAGAUCUUUCUACGAUACUGACAUGCUGCAUCCUCUUUAUCAUUCUUGAAAGUCUCCGUGGCGAUUUUGCAGAGGCAAUCCGACAUCUCGAGUCCGGCAUAAAGAUUCUGUCAAACCAUACACCCAAGACCUACUUACCAAACGGCCAAGUUCAAGAGCUUGCGAGCAUCUUUCACGCAAUAAGCUCUCAGGUUGCUAUAUUCUCCGAGGAUCGCCUCUUCCCAGACGUGACGCAUCUCCUGAUGCCGCCAAAGAAGAAGAGAAAAGGGAUCCCGGGUGAAUUUCGCGAUCUCGACGAAGCCGAAGAUAUCAUGAACAAGUUUGAUGAUGUGAUAAAUGAGAUUAGCUGGGACAUGGACCAAGACUGGGAUAAUGAAGAAUCAGUGUGUGUUAUACGGUGGGUAAAAUUGCGCCAGGAGGUGCGAGAUUGGAACGAUCAGUUUGAAGUUCUCAUAAACAAGAUUACAAAUAACGGCAAGAAGAAAGUUCAAGUUGAGAGAAUACUCAAUUUGAGAAUCCAACACAAACUAUGGGACGUGCUCCUCGACGGCGAAUGCAACGAAGACGAAGCAGACAUCGAUCCAACAGAGUGCAACCUCCUCCUUGAUCAAGUCGAGCGACUCUGGUGCAAUCCCGCGAAUCCUCGAUUCGGCCUGAAGAUUGAUCUAACUGCUGCGUUGUACCAACUCUACGUUUAUUGCCCCGAUGACCCAGUACGGCAGCGUAUCAUUAUGCUGCUGCGCUCACAGAAAAGGAGAGAGAUUAUAUGGGAUAGUGGUGAUCUUGCGGACUUUCUGGAAAAGGAUAUGUGGCAGAGAGCUAUCGGGCUUCAAACGGAGAGAUGGCCUGAUAUUGGACCGUCGAAAUAUGAAGGUGCUUUGUUGGUUCUUAGACCGAGGGCGCGGUGA